AUUUAAUUCAGAUUUCAAUUUCCGAUCGAUACACUAAUCAUUGCAUUGGAUAAAAUAUGAUGAAAGGCUCUUCUCAUAUUUUAACAGACAUCUAGUCAUUACUUUAUAUAUGCAGGUUUAUAUUAAAUACCAAUAGUACCCGAUGAACAAUACUUUUCAUAGUUGCAUACAGCGUGGAAAUGAAUGUAAUCAUCAAACCAGAAAAAAACAGUUAACGGUAUUAUUGUAAAUGAAGCAAAUACCAACGUGGCAGGGGUCGAAUAAAUGCAGAGGAUCAAGCUGCGGUGAGCCAUCGCGCAUGCCCAACCGUGUGGUUUUAUGUACGAGCUAGCUGAUAGUGACGAAAGCGGGGACGAGGCCAUAUAUCAGGGCCUACAUCGCCCUCGGAGACAUAUGGAGGAGCGGAGGGAGGGAUGUUGUCACUUCACUGCAGAGGAAUUGGACGCCGAUAACUUUGCCCUAUCACACAGUAAUCCUAACUUGUUCAUUAGAUCACAGUGGCCCAUACCUCAACUAUGGUACUGUGUCUACAGAGUGGUAGUCGGCGUGGGCUUCAUUGUAUGGGUUGCCAUGGAUAUAUACACGGAGGCAAACGAGUUCUACGUCGGGCACCCAGAAGUUUGGUUCAUAUACGCAACCAACUGGAGCUUUAUGUUACUGGGAAUAAGCAACAUGUACAAUGCCAUCCUAGUUGUGUACUAUUAUUGUAAAACUAAGAAAGAUGGAAAAGAUGAUUGUGGUUUGGAGUUAGGGUCGGACAAUAUGCCUUGGUCUAUCAUGAUACACUGGAUGUUGUAUAACAUCGUCUCUAAUGCAGCCCUUGUUGUCACUAUAUCAUUCUGGACAUUCCUAGUGUCCUUCGACGAUGGUGAGGUGCUGAUGACUCCAAUGAGUAGAGUGAAACAUACUCUGAACACUGUCUUUGUACUGAUUGAUAUCAUGAUACAGGCUGUGCCAAUAAGACUCUUCCAUGUUGUCUACCCACUCUUUAUAGCUGCAGUAUACAUAGUCUUCAAUGCUUUAUAUUUCCUCAAUAAUGGAAUGGGAUACGAAGGAAAGCACUACGCAUAUAACACAAUGGAUUGGACGUAUCCCUUUACGGCGGCCAUUACGUGUGCAAUGGGCCUCGUAGGGGCCACACUAAUUCAAUGCGUUCUCUUCUUGUUGUACAAACUGAGACGAUGGAUUUAUAGGAAUUAUAAUGUUGAUCAUUGUAACGAUUUGUUGAAUAUAGAUGGCGAUAACAGUGAACGACAGCGUAUAUUAGGUAAUGAACACAACACACGGAACUAUAGCGCAAAUGCUAAUGGAGAUUCAGACAUUGAAAUGCAAAGCCAGCCAAUAGAGGGCCAGAAUAAUGAUUCAAAUGACACCAACGUGCCUUUACCUACGGUGGAACAGUCAAAAUUCAUUCUUAACAGUUCUUCAAAUACCAAUACUCAAAAUCAAUAAACAAAGAAUAUAGUCAUAUUUAUUCAAACUCUACAAUGAUUUCUACGAAAUCAGCAAUUGCAGCUUUAACAGAUGAUAUUUUACAAU